AUGACUGCUGACGGCGAGGCACCCAAAAAACGCAUCUACGUUGACGGAGUCUUCGACCUUCUACACUGGGGCCACCUGAACGCGCUUCGACAAUCCCAAGAACUCGGAGGCAGCAUCAUCGUGGGAGUAGUGUCGGACGAUGAGGCACGCAACACCAAGGGAAUAGCGCCAAUCUACACUGCAAGCGAAAGGGCUGAGCUCAUAAGAGGAUGCAGAUGGGUCGACGAAGUAAUAGUAGAUACACCCUAUGAGGUAUCGCUCGACUUUCUUACGAAUGUAGCAAAGUGCGACAUGGUAGCGCACGGCGACGAUGUCGCCAUCGGAUCAAGCGGGAAGGACUGCUACGAAGAAGUCAAAAAUGCAGGCAAACUCGUUCACUUCAGACGCUCACGUGGCAGCAGCACCUCGACCACCCUCGGGAGGCUCGUUGAGGCGCUGACGAGCGAAAGGUUCAGCCACUUGUCAUCUACCGAACGCCACGGACACGACGCGCUCUCGCAAUUUAGAAGACUCGUAGAGCAAAACGAGGCACAGAUGUCGCGCGAACAAUUCUCAGACGAUGGGCUGCAGGCCAUAGAAAUGCGGCAACAGAAAAACAAGAUGCACGUGAUGUUCCCGCGUUGCCGCACGAGCGCCACACUAUUCGCCAAGUUUAUCCCCAACACGCCGAAAUUGCCAAACGCCAAAGUCAUAUACGUCGACGGCAGCUUCGAUGUAUUCCACGUCGGACACCUCAGAUUCCUAGAGCGGGCGAAGGCACUCGGCGACUACCUCAUCGUCGGCCUCUACGACGACCAGACGGUCAGGACGAUAAAGGGUAACCCGUUCCCGGUCACCCACCUCAUGGACCGCGCACUCACCGUCCUUGCCAUGAAGUGCACCGACGAUGUGAUACUGGGCGCGCCCUUCAUACCCUCCAAAAACUACCUCGAGAACCUGGGUGUGUCACUGGUUGUCACCGGCAACUAUAGCGACCUGCCCCUGAUGACCGGCGGAUUCGACACACACUCGGUCGCCAGAGAAAUGUCAAUUGUACAAAAGAUCGAGUCCGGAUGCACCCUAACCAGCGCCGAUAUCUUACAGCGGGUAUCCAGCAGACUUGAUCAAAUAACCUCCAACGUCGAACAGCGGUGCAAAAGGGAAAAGGCCUUGUACCAUUAA